UCCGGGUCGUGUCUUUUCAGUUCAGAUCCAACAUGUCCGCGUCCCUGUGUCUCCGCUGCUCCGGGUUCCGCGGGGCUGUGGUGACCGCUCUGAGGCUCUGUCCCUCGCCUGCAGGCUCGUCCUCUGCCCCGGCGGCUCUGCGCUUCUUCUCGGCUCCGGCUCCGGGAGAAACGAGGCCGAACCUCGAAGAAUCAACCGCGGAAUAUGAGUUUGUGGAGCGGCUCAUCCCCCCGAGCAAGGUCCCCGCCCCCCCUCCCCACACCGGUCGGACUCCGAGCGGCUGGGUGCCCCCCUCCCCCUCCCCUCCAGAGCUUCCAUACAUGAUCCGGAGGUCGCGCAUGCACAACGUCCCAGUGUACACGGACAUCACCCACGGCAACAGACAGAUAACCAUCGUGAGGAAGGUGGAGGGCGACAUCUGGGCUUUGGAGAAGGACGUGAAGGCGUUUCUGAAGGACGUCACGGGGAAGGACCUGCCCACACAAGUCAAUGAGGUCACCAUGACGCUAAAGGUCAAAGGGCAUUUCGACCGUGAGCUGAAGGAAUGGCUGAUCAACAAAGGAUUUUAGGCAUUUGGACAGUUAAAUGACUGCUGUCUGCUGUGGCAGCGGUCUCCAACCUGGAGCUCUCCACCCUCUUCCAGCAGCUCGCCAAUGGACUUGUGAAUUAUACGUAUUGUCCUGAAUUAUUCAAAUUUGUUUAAUCAAAUGCCUUUUACCAUUGUACAUGUAUCAUUUUGAUGCCUAACUUUGUGCACUAAUAAAUAGAUAAUGGUUUGUA